CUCGUGUGGCCGGAAGCGGGAUGUGAUGUAAAAAUCACAUUGAAACGUUUUUCUUCUGUGUGCAGACUUUCCGAUGCAUUGUAAGGUACCGAGAAAUAUUAACUUUUUGAUAAUGAUUCGACUAUUUUAAUUUAUCUUGCCAUUUGGAUACGAUCACGACGGACGUAUACGACUGUUGGAGGUCCUGUGAGAUCACGCAACAGAGAUGUAGUCUCUGUCCACAGCUGUCCACAGACGCCCCCUGGCCACCAUGCUGCUGUUCCUGUUGCUGGUCUUCCGCGGUGACGCACAUGCUCAGAUAGACCCAGCGCACUGCCGCUACCCGCUCGGCAUGGAGGAUGGACGGAUCAAGGAUGAUGACAUCACUGCCUCCAGCCAAUGGUAUGAUACCACUGGCCCCCAGUACGCCAGGAUGAACCGUGAGGAAGGGGAUGGUGCUUGGUGUCCGGCCGGGCCCCUAGCGCCCUCCGAUGUCCAGUUCCUGCAGCUGGAUCUACAGCAGCUCACCUUCCUCACCAUCGUGGGCACCCAGGGCCGGCACGCUCGGGGCACAGGCAACGAAUUCGCCAGGAUGUACCGCCUUGACUACAGCCGAGACGGCCUGGUCUGGAUGUCCUGGAAGAAUCGCCUUGGCAACAAGAUAAUGGACGCCAACGAUAACGCGUACGCCUCCGUCAUCAAAGACCUACACCCUCCCAUCAUCACCCGCUACCUCCGCCUCAUCCCCGUCACCCGGGUGUCCGCCACCGUCUGCAUGCGGGUCGAGCUGUAUGGCUGUCCCUGGCACGAUGGAUUAAUGUCCUACAGCUCUCCUGAGGGACAGGUGAUGGCGUCACCUGGCUACCCUGUCACCUAUCUUAAUGACUCCACAUAUGAUGGCUACCAAAAGCGGCGGAUACUGUCUGAGGGCUUAGGUCAGCUGACGGACGGCGUCAUCGGGCAGGAUGACUUCUCCCUAACCCGGCAGUAUCACGUGUGGCCGGGGUAUGACUACGUGGGCUGGAGGAACGAGAGCCUUGGGCCCGGGUUUGUGGAGAUGGAGUUCGUUUUUGACAGGCCCCGUAAUUUCACCUCCAUGAAGGUGCACUGCAACAACAUGUUCUCCCGGGGGGUGAAGAUCUUCUCGGCAGUGUCCUGCGUCUUUAAGCCGCGGCUGGUGGUCGACUGGGAGCUGCAGGAGGUGGAGUUCCGCACUGUGUUGGACGACCGCAACCCCAGCGCUCGCUACGUGACCGUGCCGCUUGGCCGGCGGGCCGGAAAGGCCCUCCGCUGCCGCUUCUCCUUCGCCGACACCUGGAUGAUGUUCAGUGAGAUCUCCUUCCAAGCAGCAGACACAGUGAUCCCCACACGACUGCCACUGGAGACGAGCAGCUCCAUCACCACGGUGGAGAGCUCCACCCCCACUCACAGGACAGUGACCACUCCCCCCAGCAAGGACUCCCCCGAAUAUGGGAACACCUCCAUCCUGAUUGGCUGCCUGGUGACUAUCAUCCUCCUGCUGCUGGUGAUCAUCUUCCUCAUCUUGUGGUGCCAGUAUGUCUGCAAGGUUCUAGAGAAGGCUCCCCGGCGCAUCCUGGAAGAGGAAGUCACGGUGCGGCUCUCCUCGAGCAGUGACACCAUCGUCCUGAACACGCCCCCGGUGCCGCCCCGGGUCUCUCAGAUGGACCCUCCCUAUGAGAGGGUCUUCCUACUGGACCCCCAGUACCAGGACCCCUCAGUACUGAGAAGCAAGCUGCCUGAGUUGCCUCAGAGUGCUGAGGCCUCCGCCUGUGCUCUCAGUAACCCUCUCUAUGAAAUAUUCCUGCCCUCUCAUGGUGCGAUGGACGCCCUCUCGCACGGUAAGAGUGGAAAGAAGGAGGUGGUAAGAAAGGUGAAGAAACGUGACCUGAAGGUGACCGCUUUAAAACGCCACAUCCAUGCAAGACAGCUCCUCUCUCGUUCUCCUCAGUUUGGGUGUGGUGGCGGCUAUGCGGAGCCUGACGUCACCCAGUGCACCCCGCACCAGAGCUUCCAGAGCGCGGUGCCACACUACGCCGAGAUGGACAUCGUGAGCCUGCAGGGCGUGACAGGCAGCAACAUGUACGCCGCGCCGGCACUCACCAUCGACUCGCUCACCCGCAAGGACAUCUCGGUGGCCGAGUUCCCGCGCCAGCGGCUGCUCUUCCGAGAGAAGCUGGGGGAGGGCCAGUUUGGGGAGGUUCACCUGUGUGAGGCAGAGGGGCUCUCCGAGUUCCUGGGGGAGGGAGCCCCCCUUCUGGACCAGGAUGCGAGAUCGGUGCUUGUGGCUGUCAAGCAGCUCCGACCGGACGCCACCAGCAACGCAAGGAAUGACUUCCUGAAGGAGAUAAAGAUCAUGUCACGCCUCAACGACCCGAACAUCAUCCAGCUGCUGUGUGUGUGCGUGCGAUCGGACCCACUCUGCAUGGUCACCGAGUACAUGGAGAACGGCGACCUCAACAUGUUCCUGUCGCAGCGGGAGAUCGAGAGCACGCUGACUAACGCCAACAACAUCCCGUCUGUGAGCAUGUCAGAUCUGCUGCACAUGUCAGUCCAGAUCUCAUCAGGAAUGCGCUACCUGGCGUCGCUGAACUUCGUGCACCGGGACCUGGCUACACGCAACUGCCUGCUGGACCGGCGUCUCACCAUCAAGAUCGCCGACUUCGGCAUGAGCCGCAAUCUGUACAGCAGUGACUACUACCGCAUCCAGGGCCGUGCCGUGCUGCCCAUCCGCUGGAUGGCCUGGGAGAGCAUCCUGCUGGGGAAGUUCACCACUGCAAGCGACGUGUGGGCUUUCGGUGUGACGCUCUGGGAGAUCUUCACCCUGUGCAAGGAGCAGCCCUACAGUCUGUUGUCGGACGAGCAGGUCAUUGAGAACACUGGAGAGUUCUUCAGGAACCAGGGGAGGCAGAUCUUCCUGUCAGCUCCGCCCCUGUGCCCCCCCUUCCUGUUCGAGCUGAUGAUGCGUUGCUGGAGUCGCGACAUCGGCGACCGGCCCGGCUUUGAGCACCUGCAUCAGGCCCUGCGCCUGCACACCAGCCCGUGAAGCCGCACCCUGCACCCCCCCUUGAGAAGCCAAGUGAUGCUUAAAGUGAGAGGAGAGGCCCCAUGAGCUGUGACUGGACACAGAGACUUCCUGACAGAAGGAAAUUUCACAUCUACAGGUUCAAACUUAUUCACAAAUCUGUGGACACUAGAGGAAAUCCUCUGUAGCUUUCUCUUAGUUUAAUGUAAAUCACUCCUGUCCGCCUCAAAGGUUUGUGUUUUUUGUUAGAUUGGCACCCAUAAGAGUGUUAUCUCUUCUAGACUAAAGACUAGGUCUUAAAAUCAGCGACUGGACGUCUGUGUUGUAGGUCCUGUUGUUGUGUGUUUUUUAAGCACUGCUGUUACGACUGUGUUCCUUAUUAAUCCCCACACUGGAUUUACAGCUACUAUAAUGAUUGUGUGUUUGUUUGUGGUUGUUUUUCCUUCUGGACAUGAAUGUUAAACAGGUCAGUGUGGAUAUGGCCAGAUUUGACAUUUUUUGAGGUCUGGCUGUAGCAGAACUACUGUCAUAAAUAGAUACACGAUCCUUUCAGGAGAGAGGGUUGAAGAGCCACAACAGACUGAUAAUGUCACGUCCUCCACCCCCCCGGCCCACACAACUCAGGCACAGACUGCAGUCAGCCUCAAUACCCCCCCCCCCUCACUACCCAUAAGUCUUAGCACAAAGCAGGAUGCUGCUUCUCCAUGUCUUACCAUAGAAUUAACCACAUUUUCCCAUGUCACACACAUGCCUAGAGACGGGCUACUGCCAGCAGAAUCUUCUCCACACUUGAACAUGGAAGAUGGCUGGAGCUGGAAUGUGACACAUCGUGUCCGGCUGACUGUCGUGGUCUGGGCCGCAGGACAUGACCGCCCCUGUUUCCACGUGUGUCUGGCAGGCGGCGGGUGGCGCUUAGCGCUGUGGGUGGAUGUGGCCCACGCUGUACCCUGCGGCCUACUGCCCCUCACAUGGAGAGGACCGUUAAUUCCAUUGGCUGUAGGAUCCAGUGAUGCACAGUGGGUGGGCUCAGAAUAGAACAAGUUCCCCUUUGUCAGCAAGACAACUCGAAAUUUCCAUUGCAUCUGAUUGUGUGUGUGGGAUGUAUGGUGUUUCACCUAUAAGGGGGAAUCCAUUCCUAAAGAGUCCUUACAUAUGGCAUAUGCCCAUAAAGGGGAAGCAUUGUAGCAAAUACAGAAUUCAGAACAUCUUCUCUUCAAUUGUUGACCUGCCCCCUAGAACUUCCUGUAUUUCACCAAGCUUUGGACAAAGCACCACUGAGACGGACACAAUGAUUGUGUGAACAUUCAAUGAAUUAUUGGGCUGUGGAUUAGGUUAUGUCACUUUUUUGUAACUGUUUGUACUAUGUACAUUGUAACCUUUGUUAGUUUUGUCUUGACUGUGUUUUUUUGUUACUGUUAUAAGGUACAUGUGGGAGAAGCACACAAGGCUGCUGGGAGAUGUCAGGACAGGAGGCUGUCUGUAACUGUCUGGAUGUUGCACGUGGCUGCUGCAGGCUUAGAGUGAGGGGCUGAAUUUAAGGCCCUGUCGUGCAAUACAAACUAAGCCUGGCAGGGAUGGCGGGGGGACAUCUCCCAUAAGCCUUUGCUGAAGUGAGCCUGUGGUUUAACAUUUGUCACUGAGUGUGUGUAUCAGCAUUUUUAUAGAGUAUCGUCAAAUGCUUUUAUAUUUCUUUCUUAUCAGUGCUAAGCAGGUGGUGAUCUCUGCAGUGGGUUUGGGAAUCGCGAUAGGUUAAUAUAGAUGCUUUCCUAUCUCUCUCAUUUCAGUUUUUACAUGCAUCUGAUAUGUACAUAGUAUAAUCAGAGUAGAUUUGUACAGUAAUAUAUUGGGAGUUUAGGAGAACAUUCUUUCAUUAUGACAUUCUGUUCUGUGUUUUUUUCUUAUAAGAAAACCAAACAAUAAAAAUCCAAACACUAUCAGUAAUGGUAGCACAUGCAUCCACUGUUUCACAGAGAGACCACAUUAAAUUUUUGCUAAUGAAAAGCCUUGAGUGGCCAGGAUUUGUCUGUUAGGUUGGAUGCAUGUGUAAUUUCUGCAGAUAGAUGUAAAAUGAGCCACAGAAGAUUGUGAUUAAGAUCAUUUGGGACCUCAGAGUCAACUUUUAUGGUUUUUCAUUCCAUAAAAUAACAUUAAGUGUUAACACUGUAAAUCAUACAUUUUUCUGUUAUGAAAGCAAUUUUGUCUUUUAGCGGUCAGGAUCUUUCUAAACACUGAAAGGAAAAUUAUGUUUUGGUGAAUAGCUAGAGGACUGAGAGCCUGCGCAGCAAGUCUGCAGAAGGGUUGAUAAAAAGUCAAGUUUAAGUGAAACUGCUCUACAUUUUUAAAGAAUUUUAAAAAGAGCACCUCACAUAAAAGACUAAACAACACCAAUAAUGUGUGGUAUCUGCUGACAAUUCAGUCUUGCCUGUACCCUCCAUCUCCCAUAAAGCCUUUAUUUUGGAAGGGUCACUGUGAUCCUCGAGCCUCUCACAGGAAACUGUGAGGGAGGGGGCACCGUGGGGGCCAGCAGGGGUCAGUGUAAGAAACCCUUCAUUAGCCUGACUGGAUGCUAUAAUGCUCACUUGUGACCACAGUAUUGUUACACUGCGUACUUUUAGGGAAUGAAUGCGGUUUUUCCUUCAUAAAUUAAAUUUUUUAUUUUUAUUUUACUGUUCAAAUACUCUAAACAGUAGAUUUUUGUACCCUACACACUUUGUUUUAUCAGUCACAAAUAAAAAUUGUUUUAGAUUAGA